UAGAACUUCACUGCGAUCAGUUUCAACAAAUCUCACGUAGACACUAGCCUCUCAACACUCUCUCCAAGAUGCCAAAAUUCUUCUGCGAUUAUUGCGAUGUCUACCUCACGCACGACUCGAUGAGCGUUCGAAAAGCGCAUAACAGUGGACGAAACCACUUGCGAAAUGUAGUCGACUACUACCAGCAAAUUGGCCACGAGAAAGCGCAGAGCGUCAUCGACUCAAUCACCUCAUCGUAUGCGGACGCGGGCCAGCAGAACCAAAAUCCGAUGCUGCAAUCACAACACAUGGGAGGACCUGGACCCGGUGGAUUUGGAGGACCCCCACCGCCGUUUGGUUUCCCUGGUGGCAUGCCAGGGAUGCCUCCACCGCCUUUCAUGCCCCCAGGCCAAGGUGGACCUGGACCGAAUCGAGGUAUGCCAGGCAUGCCACCGAACAUGCCCUUCCCGCCUCCGAACAUGGGAGGAGGCCCGCCGAUGCCUUUCCCUCCUUUCCCUCCGAACGCCGGUUCACCCCCAGGCGGUAUGCCAUUCCCUCCGCCGGGUGGCAUGCCUGGUAUGCCGGGAAUGCCUCCUCCACACAUGAUGUUCCAAGGUGGACCGGGUGGACCGGGUGGACCGGGUGGACCGGGUGGACCGCCUCCGGGAGGAUUCCCACCGCCAGGAAUGGGUGGACCGCCGCAUGGAGGACAGUGAGGGCCGCAACGAGCAUCGAAAGGAUCGCUCCCUACAAGAUACCAAGGAUAUUCGAAUCUUUCGGUCUAAGGCUCAGAUUACGGUUUUCGUACCAACAGCUAAUCUCGAUCUAAGAUUCGAGUGCCUGUCUACGAGCUCAUCCGAAAAUCAUGGGCCAACGGUGGUGUCUCUGCUCUGGAUUCCCAGUAUGAAUAGUCGUGCAACUGCUCUGGGACGACGGUUCUUUCUAAGUCGGCUCUAUACCAUCAAAAGGAAUUUCAAGGCGUUUAUGUAGGAUAGGGACCAGAGGGAGAAAGCCAUCCGCGGAAGGGUACUCGUAGGUAGC